UGGACGAACGGACGGACAGGCGGCGGCGGCCAUAUUAUCAGUGAGGUGUCAGUAUUUUCCGAACGUGACGGGAUUUUUGGGUGUGGAUCGUGCGAUUUCCUGUUUCGCCGGUUUAGUCGUGGGGUUAGUAGCGCGAGUGUGAGCGCCAGGCGGUCCAACGUCGUGGAUGCGGUGCGUCACACGUGUCACGGGAUCCACGGGUGCAAGAAGAAUCAGGUUAAUCAGAGGGAUAAUUUCGCCGUUUAGCACGAAAAACCACAACUGCCACGAUGCCGAAAUCGAUGAACGUGAGGGUGACGACGAUGGACGCGGAGCUGGAAUUCGCGAUCCAGCAGACGACCACCGGGAAGCAGCUGUUCGACCAGGUCGUCAAGACGAUUGGGUUGCGCGAGGUGUGGUUCUUCGGUCUUCAGUACACCGACACUAAGGGCGAUCUUACCUGGAUCAAGCUCUACAAGAAGGUGAUGAACCAAGAGGUCAAAAAGGAGACUCCACUGCAGUUCAAAUUCCGUGCAAAAUUCUAUCCCGAAGACGUCGCCGAGGAAUUGAUACAAGAUAUUACGCUACGACUUUUUUAUCUUCAGGUGAAAAAUGGUAUUCUCACGGAUGAAAUAUACUGCCCACCGGAAACUUCCGUUCUGUUGGCUUCGUAUGCCGUUCAAGCGAGACAUGGAGACUAUCAGAAGGGAAAUCAUCCCGCUGGCUUUCUGUCAAAUGAUCGGCUGUUACCACAGCGUGUUGUGGAUCAACAUAAAAUGAGCAAGGAGGAAUGGGAUAACUCUAUUACAAACUGGUGGCAGGAACACCGUGGUAUGUUGCGAGAGGACGCCAUGAUGGAGUAUCUGAAAAUUGCUCAGGACUUAGAGAUGUAUGGUGUGAAUUACUUUGAAAUUCGCAACAAGAAAGGCACAGACCUUUGGUUGGGUGUGGAUGCUUUAGGUUUGAACAUCUACGAGAAGGACGAUAAGCUCACGCCGAAAAUCGGCUUCCCCUGGUCCGAGAUACGGAAUAUCUCGUUCAACGAUAAGAAAUUCAUAAUCAAGCCAAUCGACAAGAAGGCACCGGACUUUGUAUUUUUCGCCAACAGAGUCAAGAUUAACAAGAGAAUUCUUGCGUUAUGUAUGGGCAAUCACGAGCUUUACAUGCGCAGACGUAAGCCAGACACGAUCGACGUGCAGCAGAUGAAGGCUCAAGCAAGAGACGAAAAGAUGGCGAAACAGCAACAGAGAGAGAAAUUGCAAUUGGAGAUAGCUGCCCGAGAGCGUGCGGAGAAAAAACAGCAAGAAUAUGAAGAGAGGCUAAAAAAUAUGGCAGAGGAAAUGGAUAGGCGGAAUGCUGAGUUGAACGAAGCUCAGGAAAUGAUUCGGCGCUUGGAGGAGCAGCUGAAGCAAUUGCAGGCUGCUAAGGAAGAGCUAGAGAAUCGUCAAAAGGAAUUGACAGCAAUGAUGGAGAAGUUGGAACUAUCGCACGAAAUGGAGGCUGCAGAGCGCGCUAAACUCGAACAAGAAAUAAGAGCCAAGCAAGAGGAAGUACAACGCAUACAAUCUGAGGUGGAGGCUAAGGAUGCAGAAGCUAGGAGAUUACAGGCUGAGUUUGAAGCUGCCAAAUUAAGACAAGAAGAAGCUGACCGACAAUAUCAGGCCAAUCAGACUCCGCAUCAUCAUCACGUCGAGGAGAAUGAAGAGGGUGAGGAGGAAGGUGAGGACGAAGUUCCUCAAGGAGAUGUUACUAAGGAUCUCCUGACUGACGAGUCAAUAAUCGAUCCUGUCGGGGAGCGACGUACUUUAGCGGAGAGAAGUGAACGUCUUAACGAUCAGUUGAAAGCAUUAAAGCAGGAUCUCGCUCAGUCGCGCGACGAGUCCAAGGAGACGGUGAUGGACAAGAUCCACAGGGAAAAUGUGCGUCAGGGCCGCGACAAAUACAAGACGCUUCGCGAAAUUCGCAAGGGCAACACCAAACGCCGCGUUGAUCAAUUCGAAAACAUGUAAAUUAAUGUGCGUGCAUCUAAUCACUUACCUUAUACAUGUCCUUUUCUACCUUCAAUUUCUCACCUGACUUUGCGAAUGCGAGGAAUGCACUAAAACGAUAAUGAGAAGGAGAGAAAGAAAGAAAGCGAUUAAUAAGAUAGAGAGAGAAAUAGAGAGAGGUAUAGAUUCUACAAUAAAUGUAUAAAUAGAAUAAUUUGAACAAUAGCAGACACACAUUGUCAAUCAAUUACACUUCAACUUUUCUCAAAAAUUGCGCGAAUGACAACCGUGAUACUAUCGUAUAUCGAGAAUUAUAAUCAAUAUUUACGCCUACAUUAGCUUGAUGACAAUUCUAUACCCUCACGCAAACUGAUAAUCAAAGAUUUUACCUUUUUGGUAAGGAACGCGACGACAGUGAGCGACUCGCGCGCCGUCUUCCACAUAUAUACUUCCACGUUAAUUAAUGCUGCAUAAUUGGCUCUAUCGCGAAAUCGUCACCCGUCACUCAGGAGCGCGAGUAAAUUUUCUCGCUACUUAGCGCAAAAGUGCCUUGCAUGUGAAGCUAGUAAUUUUUCUUGUAACUAUCUCCUAAUAGCAAAAAUUAAUAUUAUUAUUACUCUAAUAAAAAUUUAGCGUAAUGAUAUUCUUGUUUCGAUAAAGGUACUUUGCGCCCAAGUGACAAGAAAAUUUCCGGUAGUGAAUUCGUUACCGUUACUUAAAACUUUCUCGGCGCAUCGAUGAAUCAACAUCUCGACUAUUGAGGUGCUAGUAUUGUCUCGCCUCACCAUAAGUAUUACUGCCGGUCAUUUAUUCGCGUUGCGAAACGCCGAUACUUAACUGCUGGUUAUCUACCGGUGCCCUGCCCGUCGCGGUUUUUAUCGCGCCGUCAUGCGAUAUCGUCCGUCCUCGGUAAUAAGGAUUUAUUUUCGAGAAGCCAUCAACGCUAUCAUCACCAUUUACACUUCAGCUGAUACAUCGUGACGACAAUUGCGGUCGUUACCUGUUUACGAACGGUUUUCUUCUAUUGUAUGUUUAAUUCGGACCCCUCCAUAUUUAAACAAAAGGAUAUACGUUCGGGGGAGUUACUUGACAUUUAUUAGUUGACCGGCGAUUUGUAACUACACCGAAUAUUGAUCAUAGAGGAAUCGAAAUGGAGCACAUGGCUUAUAUUGUAGCGAGUUAGAUAGAAAUUUAGAUAAUCCACUUUAAAAAGUUCGUAUUGGGUCAGCGACCGUUCCGAACAAGGAGACAUUUCAUCCGGUUUUAUUUUUGGUUUUUAAAGAUUAGUUUAGGGUUUUCUUGAACAAUAUUAUUUAUCGAAUAAGUAAUUAAUUUUAUGUAUAUAUGUAUGUACGUAUACAUAUAUAUACGUAUAUUUAGAGAAAAAUCAUAUGCGAACAGAUAUGAAUCUUUAAUAUGUAUAUUGCGUUUCCAAAAUUUCCAUAUUUCUUUUUUUGAAAUGAAUAUUUUACUCAUCGCAUUUAUAAAUCGCAUAUCACGAGUGUCCCCUUGUACAUUACACACAAAUCACUAUUGCGGCGCAAUCCGUCAUUCCGGAUUAAUAAACGUAAGCAAUUCAACGAUGGCAUGGCCUAUUUACUAUCGAUAAAACUGUAUCGAACUAUUUUCGUACGAACGAGUUUCGAUAACACGUUAGCGAUUUUAUAUUGAACACACUCGUGGCCUUUACUUGAUAUACAUAUAAAUAUAUAAAUAUAUAUAUAUCUCGAAGUACUAUAGGUAGUACUAAUAUAACGACUAACCGAGAGAAAGAGAUGUAAAGAUAUCGCGCCAUAGAAAAUUGUUCUGCAUACCUUCAAUACAAGAUCGAACCGCGCGGUACCCGCCGAAUGGCUUUAGCUACCAAGAUUUUCGAAAGAAUGAUGGAACGAGUGCGAGAGAGGGAGAGAAUGUGAUAAGGGAGAUAAUUAACCAUGUGUGUGCGAGAAAGAGAGAGAGAUGCCGAGUGAUAGAGAAACACAUUUAUGGCGGUCAUAUGCCAUUGUAAUUUUAAAAAAAUCUUUCGCCCUUCAGAGAAUGUUUUGUGCGCAACGGGAUUAAAACUAACGAAAACUCGAACCUCGAGACGCUGCCAAUUUUUCACACGACGGAAUACAAAAUGAACAGCGAUAGCAAGUGUGAUACGGACAGAACGUGUAUGAAUUUCACGUAGGAGAGAAGAUCGCGAAGUAAUGUAAACAGUCGUUCCGUAUCACGGAAAAAUUUGUACUUUGCUACAUAAUUAUCAUACGCCCGCGCGUUACAACAAUAUGCGAAGCAGAAAGGAGGAAAAAAUACAGAAGUAAUAACGCGAUAGAUAUUUUUUGAUUAUAUUUAAUAUUAAAAAUUUAUAUACAAAUUAGUAGUGUUAUAUUAUUAAUAUUAAUGUUUACACUCUAGUAGCGUUAUUAUUAUUUUAUUAUUAUGCAGAUAAUAUUGAACGAGAACUAAAGGAAAGCAUUUUAUAGUCAUCAAUUUAUAUUCUUAAGAUAAUCUAGCACGUAAAUUUGGUCGUAAUUUACAAUAAAAGAAGGACAUUUAUAAGUUCAUCCUUUUUAUUCAAAUUAUUUUUAAUUAUUUUCUGAAUUCAACAAUAAAAUAAUUUUUUACAGGCGAAUAUAAUUUGAGAAAAGUUCGAAUCUUUUUUAAGUUUACCAUUUUUGAGUGCAUAGAUUUGCGACCAGAUAUAUGUGCAAACAAGAUGAAAAAAAAACAAGAUUAUUAUUAAUUAAAGACAUCGCACGAUACAUUUCGAUAAUCGAUGAAAUGGGCGAGGACAAGCUUGAAAGUUCGUCUCGAUACUCUUUGGCGAUUAAACGCUUUGGCGAAACCGAUGAAUUUUUAUUGAGACAUUCCAGAAGAAUUCCCCAUAAAGUGCUUCCCACCCCUCGACUUAUUUUAUUUCAUCGAUUAAUAGGAUUAGAUUCAUUAGAUAUUCGAUUCGAACUGUCGAUUUGGAGAUCGCGCCUUGACCUUCUUCCUUC